GAGCGUCUCUGAAGAGUCUGCCCUGGAGAGAAACGGAGAGCGGCGGGAGGGCUGGGGGAAGGGACCCCAGCCUGGAACAACUGCUGACUAAUCGGCGGGUGGCGGGGGAGGGGGUGGCGCGCCGGCCACUCGGCCGGGGUCACGCGCCUGGGUGUACGCGGGAUGGGUCUUGGAGCCAGAGUCCCGACUCCCAGCUGGGGGCCCCGCCUGGCCUUCCGGGGUGGGGGCGCGCUCCGCAGAUCCUGCUUCCUGCCCUGAAUCACCUCAGUGGGAGUUCUGAGACAGAGAGGCGUUCCAGGGGUGAAGAGGUUCCAGAGGGCCUAUAGGACAGGCUGGAUGUAGGGGAGCACAGCACACAGCCCCAAGACCACCCUUGCCCACCCUCGGCCAAGCCAUGCAUGCCCAGGCCCCCCGGGUGCUGCCUCUCGCCGCCUCCGUCCUGCUGCUGCUGCUGUGCGGCCUGUGGCUGCUGGGAGCUGGCCCCCGCCUCACCCUGACCCCGGAGCUGCUGCUGGACCCCUGGCAGGCGCACCGGCUACUGACCCAUGCCCUGGGCCACACAGCCCUGCCGGGCCUGCUCCUGAGCCUGCUGCUCCUGCCCACCCUGGGCUGGCAGCAAGAGUGCCACCUGGGCACUCUGAGGUUCCUGCAUGCCUCCACCCUGCUCACGCUGGCCACUGGGCUGCUGGCUGUGCUGCUGGCAGGCCUUGGGGUGUCCGGUGCCGCCGGCGGCUGUGGAUACAUGCCUGUCCACCUGGCCAUGCUGGCUGGGCAGGGCCACCGCCCCAGAAGGCCCCAUGGGGUUCUGCCACCGUGGCUGCUACCAUGGCUGCUGCUGGUCCUGACUCCACUGCUCAGCUCCGAGCCGCCCUUCCUGCAGCUCUUUUGCGGCCUCUGUUCUGGCCUAGCCUAUGCAGCUGGGGCCUUCCGCUGGCUGGAGCUCUCGGAGCCACGGCUGCAAGCACUGCAGGAGGGCGUCUUGUGCAGGACCCUCGCAGGGUGCUGGCCGCUGAGGCUGCUUCCCACCCCGGGCACCCUGACCGAGUUGCCUGUCACCCAUCCUGUUGGAGUGAGGCCUCCCACCCCUGGCCUCUGGUCCCACUGUGAAGGCUUGGUGCCGCUCCAGCCGGGCCUGAGGCCUGUGCAGCCAACUUGGAAGGGCUCCUCGGAGGUGGGCCUGGACUGGACAGGGGCCACUUUCUCCCCAGGGACGCCGCUGUGGGCAGCCCUAGAUGAGCAGAUGCUGCAGGAGGGGAUCCAGGCCUCUCUCCUUGAUGGGCCAGCCCAGGGGCCUCGGAGCCCACUGUGGCUGCCCAAGUCCUCUGUCUCCUCUCUGCGGUUGCAGCAGCUGGAGCGCAUGGGCUUCCCCACAGAGCAGGCGGUGGUGGCACUGGCAGCCACAGGCCGUGUGGAGGGUGCUGUGUCACUGCUGGUUGGAGAGCAAGUGGGCACGGAGGCCCUCGUGACUGAGGGGAAGGGUGGGCCGGCCCACCUGGAGGGUCCUGGGCCCCCUUAGCCCAGGCAGAGUGUGGGGGCACAGGCAGGCCUUCAAGUGAGCGCUGGCCUAUGGGUAGGUAGCCUGAGCCCCUGCUCUACUGAGGGCUGGAGUGGGGCAAGGGAGGCACCCCCCUCACACAGCUUGCUGCCUCGGUACUUGUUUAGAAUAAAAACUGGUUUGUUUUUUAACCUGAACCUCCUUGGAGGCA